AUGAAGGUGGAGUUGCUGGUUGUGGUAGUGGUGGUGGUAGGGAUGGCGCUUGUGGAGGUGGUGGUAGUGACAGCAUGGUGGUGGUGGUGGUGUUGGUUGUGGAGGUGGCAGCAUGGUCAUGGUGGUGGUGUUGAUUAUGGAGAUGGUGGUGGAUGUGGAGGUUUUGGAGGAGGUGGUGGUUGUGCUGGUAGUGGUGGUGGUGGUGGUUGUGGUGGAGGUGAAGGUGGAGUUGGUGGUGGUGGAGGAGGUGGUCGUGGUGGUGGCAGUGGUGAUGGCGGUGGUUGUGGAGGUAGUGAAUGUGGUGGUGUAAGUGGUGGAGUUGGAUGUGGAAGUGGAGGUGGUGUUAUUUUUUAA